CUCACAGCUCACUGCUCUCCUCGCGCUGCUGCCACGCCUGCUCCGCUCCCAUCACCACCCAUCGCGCCCGCGCCUGCCGCUCCUCGCCCGCUCCUCGCCAGACCCAGGGAGCCAUUCUCCCGCUGAACAAAACGACUCACGCGACGGCGCGCUUCCCGGCAGGCAGCCAAGCGCCCUGUCCUUGCCGCCCGCGCCCACUGUCCCUUGCGCUACAAGCCGACAUGAGGCAGGAACUCCUGAGUCCUGUCCACUUCCUGCGUGAUGACCAGUAAUGGCGAAGCUGUCCUGAACCCGUCAUCCAUCUCGGCCGCCACCCUCAACGACGCCACACCACGACCAGACUCCAAGCCAGCCUCGCCGUCGCCGAGAGAGAAGCCAGCACCAAAGGAACACGUGCAGAACGGCGAGGAUGCCGCCGACGACGCCCAGAACGAGUCCGAGGCGGAGACGGUCGUGCUGGACCCCAAGGACGACCGCGGCGACAGAAAGGUGAUCAAGACGGAGAACAACGACGAGGAUGAUGCCGCACGCCUGCGCUCCGUUAAGGAGGACUCGCGUACGCGGUCGCCGACGACGAACGGCCGCCGCCCCUCGCGCGAUGACAAGGUCGUGAAGGUGAACGGCGCCAAGCACGGCUCCGAGCGCGAUGUAAAGAGCCCUGUUCCUACCUCACCCAGCAGCCGCACCGCAUCGCGGCACACUAAAGAGACCAGCCCGGCCGACUCUGUCAGAUCCCCCGCGCCGUCUGCUGCAUCGCCGCCCCAACCCGCUGGACGCGGCCGCAGCGCGUCAACUGUCGAAUCCCGCAAGCGCAAGCUGCGCGACGAGUCGAACCCCAAGGCGCUGGAGCCCCCGCGACAAAAGGCCAAAACAGAGGGACUCAAAGACCUGCGCCAGCCGACGUCACCCGCAACCCCAGGGCUGGGCCGUCCCCACAAGCGCUCGCAGUCGACGCAGUCGAUCGUAUCCGGUGCUGUAGGCCGCAAGCGCAGAGAAUUGGCUGCACUCGCACUGCCCGAGCGUAAAAACUGGUCCGACGACAGCUCCGAGAACUCGUCGUCGCCUCGCCCCACAACAACGCCGAAUUUGCCUCACACAAGACUCAAGCGCUCCUCGCAUCGCGCGCUGACCUCGCCCGCACGCGCAAUGCCCCACGGGCGAAAGGUCGACAGGUUCGGCGCGACGCGGCUGGCUAGAGAAAGCGAGAAGGGCGACCUCGCAUCGGUCAAGGCAGCCCACGAGGCGGCGCCAGAAGAGCUGGACCAAGAAGACUUCGCGGGUAUUGCGCCGUUGCAAAAGGCAGCGCUUCACGGCUGGGCAGAUGUCGUGCGAUAUCUUAUCCAAAGCGGAUGCCGGACCGACUGCGAAUCCAACGACCGGGACACGCCCCUCAUCGAUGCGGUCGAGAACGGACACUUGGAUGUGGUGAAGCUUCUACUAAACGAAGGCCACGUGAACCCCCACCAUCAGAACAAGAAGGGCCAGCGCGCCAUCGACGUGCUGGACUACGAGACUGAGGAUGCCGAGGAAAUCGAAAAGGAGCUCAGGGCGGCCAUGCGAAGAGAAGUCGAUACGACGGCCAAUGACGAUUACAGCCAGUCUGGAGUGAGCCAGACGAAAUCAGCGUCUCGGUUGCUGUACAACGAAUACAACACGGAAACACUGAUUGAAAAAGCAGGAGAUGGGGACAUCCUCGCUGUGGGCGAGCUCAUCAACAGCAACAUCAAGCCGAACAUUGCGUGUGGGGUAGCUGCAGCGCGCGGAGGCCACUACGAUAUCCUCAGCAUUCUUCUGGCGAGCGGUCUCAAGGCAGACCCUGACCCCUCGAAACACAGCGAGACGCCCAUGCUGGUCGCCAUCGGGCGAGGACAUCUCAAGAUUGUCCAGUUGCUGCUCGAGCAGGACAAUUUCGACCCCACACGGCGAAACCGGGAGGGCAAAGCUUACUGGGAGAUAUCCGAAGACCGACGGGGUCCGAAAUGGGAGCACGAGAGGGACAUCUUGAAGAGUGCAUACGACAGCUUUAAAACGUCACACAAGAGCCCGAGGAGGAACAAGAAAGAGGCGCCAAACCCAUCAGCCAUCCGGAUGAAAAGGAAAUCAUCACCGCUGAGGCGAGAGCGCUCGUCGUCGCCGCGGCCGGAGGCGAAACGCGCCAAUUUUACUAAGUCGACGACCGUGCCGCAAGGCCCUCAAAAGUCCAGGAGAUUAAUGUCUGGGAAAGAGAUGGCGAACCGGGAAGGGAAGCGGCGAAGACGGGUUGUGAACGAUGAGAGUUCAGAUUCCGACAGCGAUGAUGCAGUACGAGCGCCGGCCAAACGGGCCAUCAAACCUCGCUCUUUCAGCGAAGGUGAGGACCACAAGGCGGGUAAAAAGAUCAAAGCUCGCUCGGGAGAAAAAGACGUCUCGAAGCGGCGCGCUCGUGCCCAAUCGCACGCCAGCGACGAUGAACCUCAACAAAAGCCGGUGUCAAAAAUUCGCACUAAGAUGGAAAAAGUUCACAGCGCCAAACCUACCCCAGACCCUGAGUCGCCUGACGAGAAGAAGCCGAUCAAGAACAGGAUUAGGCCACGAUCCAUGGAAGGCCCGAAGGCCAAGAAGCGGCGGGCGUCGAACGAUACGAUUGACGUUAGGGUGAAGAAGACACCUAGUGCAUCCGCGAAGUCGACCCCUGCGCCUCCAGAGAAAGCCUCCACGCCAGAUUCGGUCCGAGAGCGCCGUCAGGAGGAACAGAGACAGGCCGAGGAGCAGGCAGCCGAGGCGAAACGGAAAGCGGCUGAAGAAGCAGCACGCAAGCGCGAAGAGGAGGAGGCUGCUCGAAGACGUGAAGAGGAAGCCGCACGCAAGGCUGCAGAGGAGGAGGCGAGAAGGAAGGCUGAAGCAGAGGCCGAGGCGAAGCGUUUGGCGGAGGAAGCGGAAGCUGCCCGCAGGCGCGAAGAGGAGGAAGCGAGACGGCGAGCCGAAGAGGAGGCGCGACGCCAAGAGGAACUCGCCGCUCGUCAGCAGCGUGUGUCUAUGCUCCCGCGAGCCUUGCGUAGGGCGUGCGAGCUGGGCAACAACCGACCGCUGCAUUUCUCAGGCGAAGAGCUUGGUAUCUCCGCCGUCUUCCUCCCGUUAUUCUAUGCGACAUCGCACGAUCUACGACCGGAUGAGCCCAAGGAUGCUGUGAGCAAGAUCUAUAUUCCUUCCUUCCAGGUCGUUGGUAUUCUUGGACUUCCAGAACUCGACCUCGCACGUCUCGAUGUGCCAUAUUCGUCGUGGGACCGUGUCGCCGUUACUUCCCAGCAGCGCGACCUACUCCUCCGCCAGUACGACGUGGCCCUCCUCGCUCAGGACUUCCGCUUCCCGAUGGAGGGUACACCGGACUUUGACUACGCCAAGAUCCAAGAGAGCAUUAAGGAGGCCCGCCAGCAGUUCCUGAACAUGGACGGCUUGUACUGGGUCGAGGAUGUGGUGCUAUAUCCGGAGGUGGAGAAAGUAGAAAAUCUACGGCCGCUCCUGGAGGAAAUCAAGGACGUGAGUAGGAGGAGGCGAAUUCAUGUCGCGGAGACCGAGGCGGAAACAAUGCCGGAGAAGAAGCACAGACCGAGGAAAAGCUUCAUGGAUACCGUGCUCGCGCAGAACCUGGUCAACGGCAUUGCUGCAAAAGUCAACGGCGAGGGAUGAAUUCGCGGGGCCCAUCCCGGCCUGCUCUACUCACUUCCCGCCCAGUUCUGGCGCGGGUAUACGUUGUCCCGAUGGACGGUUGCGGCGAUGCGAACCGCGACUGGGGAUGACACGAUACUUUUGGAGGAUCCAGCUUUUAUAUGAUGAAGAUGAGAUGAAUCAGGACUGUGCCGCACUAAUGGACCAGAUGGGGUGCACACGAUCUUUCAGAUUCUCUUUGUAUCUAUGAGGAUGGGUUGGCGAAGAUACGCCGUAUGAAGGAUAUGGAGGGAUGAGUCUGCAUAUAGUAAUGUCAUCUUGAUGAUGAGACUGUUGCAGUGCUUAUGGCUGCAUGAUGUGUAGUCUCGGUGAAGUGCUUCUAGUGGAAAGAGUGAAACCGAAGCUGG